AUGGGUGCACGAUUGCUCAGGAACAACGUGCUACAGCCAUCAACCGACAAGGCCAAGCUUGAGAAGCGUUGGGCUGCAGUAACUGAGCUCAGCACACGUGAAGGAAUAUUCCAUUCGCUCAAAGAUUCCUUGAAGCUAUCCAUUGACACAGAUAGAACAAUCGCAAAUCUCGUCCUGACGCCGAGGACCCUAGGCUUUGACUACAUGGAGCAGUCCCAGAAUUUGACUGGCGUGCUUACAGAAGAGCUAAAGAGCAUUCAAGAACUCUGUGAUCCUGUCAACUACGAAGAAAUUCGAGCAUUGAUUGACUAUGCAAUGAAUCAAGAUGCUUUCUAUUCACAGAAAGCCGCUGAUAUCAGAAAUCAAAGAGUCUAUGCAAUUCGAGCUGGUGCGAAUGGCUUCCUUGACGUUGCUCGCCAGUCAUACAGUGAGCUUGUCGGCGACAUGAGAGAUCUGGUCAAUCAGCUCCAGGAACAACAUGGAAUUCCACUCGAGUUGAAACACGAUCCGGUUAGACACUUCUACAUCCAGAUCAAAUCUGCCGAUAUUCAGUCGAACACUGCGCUCCCAGACAUUUUUGUUCACGUCUUCCGAAAGGGUAACAAGCAUGUCGAGUGUCAGACUAUAGAUAUGGUCAAACAAAAUCAAAGAAUCAGCGACAUGCACAACGAGAUCAUUGCUAUGUCGGACUCCAGUAUCCAGACUCUCAUUAAUGAAGUUCGCGGUAAAAUCCAUCCACUCUUCAAAAUUAGUGAAGGUAUAGCUCUUCUUGAUCUAUUGACAACCUUUGCCACCAACGUCACGAGCUCGAGCGACACAUAUAUCUGCCCUGAAAUCACGCCAGGCACUCUGGCCCUCAAGUCGUCUCGACAUCCUCUGCUUGCCGCAACUGCGCAAAAAGAAAAAUAUAUUCCAAACGAUGUGUACGCGACAUCCGUCAACAAGCGCUUUCAGAUAAUAACAGGCUGCAACAUGUCUGGCAAAUCUACCUACAUCCGCUCGAUAGCGCUGAACGUAAUUAUGGCACAGACAGGCAAUUUUGUCACUGCAGAAUAUGCUUCUAUCCCUAUAACAGAACAGCUGCUCGCACGUAUAUCUACAGACGACUCUAUCGAGGCCAACGUCUCUACCUUUGCAGCCGAGAUGCGAGACAUCGCCUUCAUCUUAAGAAGUGUAUCUCCUUCCUCUUUGAUCAUCAUCGACGAGCUCGGUAGAGGCACAUCCACAGCCGAUGGUCUUUCCAUCGCCAUCGCCAUCUCGGAAGCCUUGAUCCAAAGCAAAGCCAUUGUCUACUUCGUCACACACUUCCGCGAAUUACCACGUAUCCUAGGCGAACGUAUCGGCGUCCUCAACAUGCACAUGAACGUCGAUAUCGAUCCAGACUUCAGCACCAUGUGUAUGCGGUACAAGGUGGCGGCGGGUCAAGAAGAGCAGAAGUUUUAUGGACUCGCUCUUGCACAACUCGUCAAUCUGCCUGAUCAGGUGAUGGAAGUUGCCGUCGCAAGUAGUAAGCAACUAAACGACCGAAACGACGGCAGGGUAUCCGAUGUCAAAGCCCUCGCACAAGCAAAGAGACGGAAGUUGUUGAUACACAUAAGAGAGAUGCUUCUUCACGCACGCGAUGGCCAGCUACACGGAAAGGAGCUAUUAGAGCGUCUAAAAGACCUACAAACAGAAUUCCUGCUUCGACUCGCAGUAAUCGAGGCCGACGUCGAAGCAGUCAACAAUCCGAACAACAGAACACCAAAUGAACGUGACAGCACCCCAAGCCUGGAACAGGAUAUUGGCACAUCUGACUCCAUCAGCAGCGACUUGUUCUUCAAGAACGAUGCGGAUGGAAACACGGAAGGGUCGUGGAAGGCUUCUAUACAGCACGAGAACCCUCUUUUCAGACCUAUGCCGACAGGAAGCGAAGCGCAAGAAGAGCUUACGGAUGCUGAGAUGCUGGCUGCUGAUAUAUCUUGGCUCACGGAGAAAGGGGAUAGUCUCAACGAACCAAUUUGCAUUGAGGACGAUGAUAUGAGUGUGGUGUCUACGUAG